GCCUCCAACAGUUAGACAAGCAGUUCAGCUCCAACAGUAUCAUCAUCAGCAGCAGCAGCAGCAGCAUCAGCAGCAGCAUCACUGAACCUGGCAAAGAUGACUUCCAGCAGCAUGAACAUGAUGGGCAGAAUCACCUUCUACGAGGAGAGGAACUUCCAGGGUCGCUCCUACGAGUGCAUGAGCGACUGCGCUGACAUGUCCUCAUACCUGAGCCGCUGCCACUCCUGCAGGGUGGAGAGGGGCUGCUUCAUGGUCUACGACCGCACCAACUACAUGGGGAACCAGUACUUCAUGAGGAGGGGCGAGUACGCCGACUACAUGAGCAUGAUGGGCAUGAGCGACUGCAUCAGGUCCUGCCGCAUGAUCCCCAUGCACAGAGGCUCCUUCAGGAUGAGGAUGUAUGAGAGGGAGAACUUCCAGGGCCAGAUGCACGAGCUGACGGACGACUGCGACAACAUCAUGGACCGCUACCGCAUGUCCAACUUCAUGUCCUGCAACGUGAUGGAUGGCCACUGGCUGAUGUACGAGCAGCCCAGCUACAGAGGAAGAAUGAUGUACAUGAGGCCUGGAGAGUACAGGAACUUCAUGAACAUGGGCUCCAGCAACAUGAGGUUCAUGAGCAUGAGGCGCAUCUCUGACUCCUUCUACUAGACGACAACUCCAACACCACAAGUUGCCACAUAAGAAAAUACUAAUAAAGUCUACUUUCUUAUAAAA